UCAACCUGAGUUUCUUUCUUUUCAGGAGUGAAAACUGAAGAUAAUAUCUGACAGGACUCUGGAAUAACUCACAGCAGCAUCACAACUAACACCAGGGACAGAGACAUCACACAUUAUUACAGAGAUACAUAAAAGGAGAGCACCUUCAUGUUUAGAAGAUCUACUUUAAUCUAGCAAUCUUGGCUGUAAAAAGCACACGGUCACUGUAACUAAUGACUUUUACUGUAGUUAUUCUGCAUCAUAUUCAUAUAUAGGCUAAUAACCUCAUCAUGCUGAACUAAAGGGUCAAACUGCAAGUUUAUCUCACCAGUUAUUAACUACCAGCAGACUAUACAUAACUAGCAAGCCAAACAGUGACCUUGUACUUGCAGUAAAGUUAGCCAUUAGUAUAGUGAGUUUAGUAAACCAAGAUGGCUGACCCAUACCAAAACAACGUAUACCACCAAGGAGGAGGUGACAGCUAUGGGAGUUACGGAGAAGGUGGAGGCCAUGAUGGAUAUGGUUACCAGGCAGACUACCCUACCCAGGAAGAGGAUGCAGCGAGCGAUGCGACAGAAGGACAUGAUGAAGAGGAUCAGAUGUACGAAGGAGAAUAUCAAGGGAUACCCCACCCUGACGAGGUGAAGGCUGCACAGAGAGCAGCACGGCGAGACACCCCAGGUCUGACCGUCUUCCUGAGCAUGAUGGUGGGAGCGUUCCUGUGGGGGGGUCUGGCAGACAAAGUGGGCCGGCGGCGCUGUCUGAUCGUGGCGUUAGCUAUAAACUGUGUCUUUGCCUUCCUGUCUGCCUUCGCCCAGGGAUAUGGCUUCUUCCUCUUUUUCAGGGUGCUGUCUGGUGUUGGUAUUGGUGGCACAGUGCCCAUCGUGUACUCGUACUUCUCCGAGUUCCUCCAGAUGGAUAAGAGAGGCGAGCAUCUGUCCUGGUUGUGUAUGUUCUGGAUGAUCGGUGGCAUCUACGCUUCCUUCACCGCCUGGGGAAUCAUCCCCAGAUAUGGCUGGGGGUUCAGUAUGGGCACAGAGUUCCAGUUCCACAGCUGGAGGGUGUUUGUCCUGGUUGCAGCUCUUCCUGCUAUCUCCUCCCUGGUCGGUCUCACCUUCAUGCCUGAGAGCCCCCGCUUCCUGCUGGAGACAGCCGAGCACGAUGAGGCUUGGAUGAUCCUGAAGCAGGUCCAUGACACCAACUGGAGGGCCAAGGGACAGCCAGAAAAAGUAUUUACU